UAAAAAAUAAAAAAUAUAUGUUCUCUUCCAAAUCAGUGAUGACUAGUCCCUCUCGCGUCUUAUUUGCUUCCAAAAAAAAGACUCAAGCUCAUCUACACUCAAACAAGGUGUAAUCAUGCUUGUUCCAGUUUUUACACUCAAGCUGAACCAUAGAAUUAACCCUCGCAUGGUGACUGUUGGGAAAUAUGAUGGAGUCCAUCCUUGCUUGACGGCUGCGACACAAGCAGGAAAGGUUUUUAUCCACAAUCCGCACUCACGUGGUGUGCGACUUUCAUCUCAUCGACUGAAUCCAAGUAGCCAGGACACUGAUGUUUCCCUUCUUAACAUAAACCAAGCUGUCAGCUGUCUCACUGCAGGAGUAUUAAAUCCACAACACAAUUAUGAUUCCUUGAUAGUUGGAACGCAGACUAAUUUACUUGCAUAUGAUGUUCAUAAUAAUGCAGAUAUUUUCUACAGAGAGGUUUCUGACGGAGCCAAUGCUGUUGUGCUUGGAAAAUUAGGAGACAUUUCUACGCCACUUGCGAUCAUUGGUGGAAACUGUGCUCUGCAAGGAUUUAACUAUGAAGGAAAUGAUAUCUUCUGGACUGUUACUGGGGAUAAUGUUCGAUCGUUGGUGCUUUGUGAUUUCAAUGGUGAUGGGAAAAAUGAACUCCUGGUUGGCUCAGAGGACUUUGAUAUUAGGGUUUUUAAGGAAGAUGAAAUAUUGGCCGAAAUGACAGAAACAGAGACAGUGACAGCUUUGUGUCACAUGCAUGGCAGUCGUUUCGGAUAUGCAUUAGCUAAUGGAACAGUGGGAGUAUAUGACAGGACUGCUCGUUACUGGAGGAUUAAGUCUAAAAACCAUGCAGUGAGCAUCCAUGCAUUUGACUUAAAUUCAGAUGGUGUUUGUGAGCUGAUUACAGGAUGGUCUAAUGGAAAGAUUGAUGCUCGCAGUGACCGUACUGGAGAAGUGAUCUUUAAGGAUAAUUUUGCUUCCUCUGUAGCUGGAAUAGUAGAAGGGGAUUAUAGGAUGGAUGGCCAGAGUCAGCUCAUCUGCACUUCUGUUGAAGGGGAAGUACGUGGAUAUUUACCUGCUAGCAAAGAAAUGAGGGGAAAUCUUUUGGAUGCCAGUGUUGAACAAGACCUUCUCAGAGAGCUGAGUCAGAAGAAACAAAACCUUCUUCUUGAACUAAAAAACUAUGAUGAAAACGCAAAGGUUGGAACAGGAUCGUUGAGUGAAACUGAUGGACAAACUGGAAUAAUUCCUGCUAACACACAGCUACAGACAGCACUGUCUGUUUGCCUUGGCUCCGAAACCCAAAGCCCCAAUGUUGAAUUAAGCAUUUCAACUUGCAAUGAUACUAUUAUUCGUGCUGUUCUCAUUUUUGCGGAGGGGAUUUUUGAAGGAGAAAGCCACGUUGUGCACCCUAGUGUCCAGAAUCUGUCAGGCUGCAUUCGUGUCCCCAUCAUUCCACCUAAAGAUAUUCCUGUUGAUUUGCAUAUUAAAGCUUUUAUUGGAGGCAAAAACAGUACUCAGUUUCAUGUAUUUGAGCUGACCAGACAACUACCUCGGUUCUCGAUGUACGCUUUAUGUACUGAUAAAUCUCUAUCUGUACCAAAGAGUAAAGUCACGUUUUUAAUCAAUGAACGUGUUCAAAGGGUGAUAAUGUGGUUAAAUCAAAACUUCCUGCUAACUGAAGACAUUGGAUCUCCAGAUGUCAGUUUCACAUCUUUACGUGGAGGAGGAAUGCUGUGCAUCAAAAUGAAACCAAAUGGAGAGAUCACCAUAAACACAGAUGACAUGGACCUUGCAGGAGAUCUCAUUCAGUCCUUGGCUUCAUUUCUCGGAAUUGAUGAACUUCAGGUAGAGGCAGACUUUCCAGUCUAUUUUGAGGAGAUACGGAGAAUUCUGAUUAAGGUGGAUGAGUACCAUUCGGUGCAUCAGAAACUGACAGCGCAGAUGGCUGACCAUUCAAACCUGAUACGCAACAUGUUAGUGCAAGCAGAGGAUGCUCGUCUCAUGGCGGACAUGAAAGUAAUGAAGAAAAGAUAUUCUGAGCUGUAUGACUUAAACAAGGAUUUAAUAAAUGGUUACAGAAUCCGAGCAAAUAACCACACAGAGUUACUGAAUUGCCUUCGAGCUGUGAAUCAAGCAAUACAAAGAGCCGGGCGACUGCGAGUGGGAAAACCAAAGAACCAAGUCAUUACAGCGUGCAGGGAUGCCAUCAAAAACAACAACGCGAAUGCCCUCUUUAAGAUCAUGAGAGCCGGCACGGCGUCUUCCUCCUUGUGAUGAAGUCCUGGUCAAGUGAUCAAGUGGUGUUGGCCUGGAAAUGCAGAAAGUCGUCCUGCCAGUUCACGAUACCAAAGGCCUUUGACUUUUUAGAGAGCUGUGCCUGAAUCUGACCAAAUCUUCGCUCUCUGCUGCGUUUUCGUUUGUCGAUGUCAUAGUGGAGUCGCUGUAUAUUAGUGCAACCAUUUUGCUGAACACAGGGAGUGAGCUCCAUUAGACAGUAGGCGGUGGUGUGUUUUUACUGGAGACGUGCAUCUGUAAAUACUGGAUCUUGGCAUUUUAUAUAUCACGAUAUUCUAGAAGUGUUUUUAUACUGCAAGUGAGACUGUAAAUGUGUAUAUUUAGUAAUAACUUGGAGUUAUUUAUGUAAUAAAAAGACAUUUUCCAAAA